CCAGCCAGGCAGGCGGUGGCGGAGGUUUUUGCCCCGGUCGCCGGCUGUUCGUGGGGUACCUGCUCUGCGCCCCUCGGACCCGGUCUUUCAGCGCUCUGCUCCCGCGCCAGCCUACCUCGCUCCUCGGCGCCAUGACCACCACCACCACCUUCAAGGGCGUCGACCCCAACAGCAGGAAUAGCUCCCGGGUUUUGCGGCCUCCAGGUGGUGGAUCCAAUUUUUCAUUGGGCUUUGAUGAACCAACAGAACAGCCCGUGAGGAAGAACAAAAUGGCCUCUAGCAUCUUUGGGACAUCUGAGGAAAAUCCCCCUUCGUGGGCCAAGUCGGCAGGUGCCAAGUCUAGUGGUGGCCGAGAAGAUUCUGAAUCAUCUGGACCCCAGAGAAGGAACUCUUCGGAAGCAAACUCAGGCGACUUCUUCGAUCUGAAGGGAGAAGGUGACAUUCAUGAAAAUGUGGACACAGACUUGCAGGCUGGCCUAGGGCAGAGUGAGGAAAAGCCUGUGCCCGCUGCCCCUGUGCCCAGCCCAGUGGCGCCUGCCCCAGUGCCGUCCCGAAGAAACCCCCCUGGUGGCAAGUCCAGCCUCGUCCUGGGUUAGCUGCGACUGUCCUGAACUGUCGUUUUGUCUGUUUGUUUUCUCCACGCUUGUGAACUGCACAACUUGAGCCUGACUGUACAUCUUUUGGAUUUGUUUCAUUAAAAAAGAAGCACUUUAUGUACUGCUGUCUUUUUUUCUUUUCUUUUUGAAGAACAGGUUCUCUUGAUGUGUCCUGAUUCCUCUGGGUCUGUAGGCCAUGGCAUGAGUGUUUUCUAGUAGUAGAUUGGAGGGAAGGCUUUGUGACGCUUACUACCGUGUUUUUAAGAAUAAUUUGGUUCCAAAUGUGUUAGAGGAUCUUUUGUAUUGAGGUUUUUAAACCCCUUUUCUUGUCAGCUUUACUUGGGUUUACCAAGCCUUGAUUGGACAGGCCAGUAAACAGUCCCCAGGCCCCCAACACAGGGUUGUCUUUUUACCAAACCGUCUUGCUAUUGCCCUAACUUGUCAGUGCCCUUUGUAAAAAAGAAGAAAAAAAAAAAAAGCAUCUUUUUGUGCCAAAUGGAAUACUAAGGAGGCCUGCGCCUCAUGCCUUGCUGCCUGCAAAGCAAAGAAACUGCCUUUUAUUGUUGAACCUUAAGAAAUAAGCCAGAUACCAAACUAACGUGACUGGCUGGGGCGCAAAGCCUCCUGCUCUUAUGCAGAGAAAGCUCCAUUGUAGCUCAAACUGACCAGUUCCAAGUGGUGAAGCAAGCAAGGGCGGUGACCAUACAAGAAGUGGGUCUUAGUCUCGAAGGGACCCCACUGGGGCAGCGCUCUUAGAAACCUGACGCUGUGUGCAUGACGCUGGUGCUUGACCAUGAAACGAAAAAUCUCAUCCUUAAAAUGUGUGUUGUAUUUCACAAUCCUGGACCUUUGCUUAAAGUAAACAAUGUACAAAUUUU